GAUUAGUGUUUUUGGUAGAUACCAUGCAAUAGGCUAAAAUUUCAGUGUAAUGACUGUAACUCUGGAGGGAAGGCCCAUCAGCACAUAGCCUUUUGGGUUUUUUAUACCUCACCGGGGUCUACCUAAUACACAUGGUCCGAACUUGAAAGCGGCUUGACAGUACAAACCGUUCCAUUGUUAGAGAUUACUUAUUUGAUAGUCCUGAACAAGAGUAAUGAAUUGAUCUCUAUAGAAUAUAACUCCGUUUCGUUAGGUUUUCGGGGAAUGAUUCUCAAUUAAAAGUCACUGGACAUAUUUUUUGCCUGAAAAAAGUUAUUAGAUAUUUUUGGCGUGUUUUGCUCAAGAUUAGCUGAUUUUUUACCACUGCAGACUAUCAAGUAUCCGAUCUUCUGUAAAAAUUUCAAGCAAAAAUAUUAAAUAUUAAACGAAAUAUGUUGGAGACAGUUUUCAAACAGUCACUGUAUAAAGUGUGAAAAGAACAUUAAUUUUCACUAAAUAGAAACAUCAGGCCAACAUUAAACUGUUCAGAUAUGAACGAGGAAAUACAAAGCGACGUCUAUCAGACAGAAAAUAAUCGAUGUCAUUGUAAAACCAGCUGCAACCAAUGUUAAGCAAUACAAAAAAUAUAACAGAGAAAGAAAUAUAAAAUCAAGUCGUUUUUCUUCCCUAUCAAAACAUAUAUGGAUAUGGAUACUUACUCGCUGGUAUCUUUUAAUCUGAAUUUUUGAAGUUCGUCUCAGAUAUUCUCUGACGAUCUAGAUAGUCAAUCAAAUAUAACAAUCAAACGUGUUGAGUAUCCCCUGUUAUGGAUAAUAGAAAAUUGUUAAGUAAUAUUUUGACUGAACUUUCUUUUUGAGGAAAUCAUAUCUUCGCAAAGAAGUAUAUCUGAACAACUACCAUGAUAAAGACAAAUAUUACCAUUGCAACGUUAGGAUUCUUAAGUCAAAAUAGGAAAAAGAAUGGAAGAUAUAUUUUAGCAUAGUUGCAGAAGUGCAAAAGAUUUAUUUCAUUAAACCACUAGCAUCGUAAAUGAAAAGAAUAUAGAAUGUGAAUCGAGAUUUUACUAAUUCUUUUUCGUUUUGUUUCCACAAAAAAGAACGAGUAAAAUCGAUUCACAUUCUACAUUCUUCCUAUUUACGAUGCUGGAGAUCUAUUAUCUGUAUUUAUGUAGACUGUUCAAAUAUUUUAAAUCGAAAUGUAUGGAAUGCGAUUAAACCAAUCAAGCGUGACAAUUUACCUAUACCAGUUUCAUCUAUUGUCGUACAUGAAUUACGUGAGUUAUUAAAUAAUCAAAGUGUGACACAACAAGGUUGUGCACGAUAUAUAAAUGCACUUCAGAAUUAUGAUAUGAAUCAAAGAAGUUAUGAUGAUAUUGGAUAUAAUUUUAUUAUUUGUGGUGAUGAUGAAAAUGAUAACACUAGUCAACAACAAAUUUAUACUGGAAGAGGAUGGAAAAGUUCAGGAGCCCAUUGUAUUCCAUACAAUGGUAUUGCUAUUGGUCCUAAUUAUACGAAUGAGAAAUCUCUGAAUACAUUUGAAUCGUUAAUGGAAUGUGGUAUAACAAAUAAAUUCAUUGAACAAAAUUAUACACUCGUAGGACAUCCUGAUACUCUAAAUAUUUAUAAAUUUUAUUUGAAUUAUUUCAAGAAUAAUACACAAACACAACAUAUUUGCCAGCCACGUCCGUCUAACAACGAUACAAUCGCCGAAGCUCGAAGAAAAAGUUGA